AUCGAAAAACUUAUGCGAGUCCGUAGUCCGUAGUCCGUAGUAUUAUAAAUUCGAAAGAAACCAAAAUCUCCUCACGUUUAUCUAUUCGAACUGCAUCGAUACUUGUGUUUAGGUCAGGGGCUUGGCGCGGAAAGCGAGCCGACCUGAUGUCGGCAUCGAUGCCGCGGCGCUUUCCCCCCUUCCUCUUCCACGUUCAUGGGGUACCCGUAUGCACUACUAACUACGGAGGAACUCUCGCUUGAUUUUCCGUUCAGUUAUGACUCGACCUCGGCAUCCUCUUUCAUCAUCGCGGCUCGACAUUGUAUAAGAGCAUAGCCUCUAGGUCAGGUCAUCAUCAACCACCAUGUCAUACGACGGGAAGGAGCAUUCGAAACAUAUCGAGGACAAGGCAGCCUCUGUCCUGACUAUGCCUCACGUCGAAUCGCAGACGCUUGCUCGGCGAAGACCUAGCGUGUUCACCCGGGUGACCGCGAUGCUCAUGUUGUUUCUCGUAUUUUUCUUUGUCGAACAUGCUUUUAUGGCUCCGCGACAUACAAUAUAUGCGAUCACUCGAUUCUUUGGAGCAAAGGAACAGCAGGUUCACAAUUUCUAUCCCUACGAAUGGCCUAUCCCUAAUGACCUUAACAUUGACCACUGUGCCGAAUUCCAAGAGGGACAGUUCUGGAAUGGCGAACAGUCCGCUACCGCGUCGUUUGACCUACCUCUGAACUCCGACAAGCAUUUCCUGCUUGCGCGCGGUUCGUACACGAACGGAUGGGUAUAUAUCGGUCAAUCUGAGGAUGUCAGUUUGGAUACGGCAAAGGUGGAGGUCACAGUCAAGUACCAAGACGACGAGCUGGAGCUGGCCAAGGUGUGCAAGGUCAGUCGCGCAGGGAACGAGAAUGGUAUAGGGUUCUUCACUCCUCGCCAUGCUCACCGCAAUCAUAUCCAUCUCGGGUUCGACGUUCGUGUCCUCCUACCCAAAACUCCUCUUACGAUACAAGAUUUCCGCACCGAUCUGCCACUCUUCUCUCAACAUGUCGGAGAACUCGAGACCGUCUUUUUCGAAUCAAUUACAUUGCAUGGUGCCAUGAUGCCCAUCCAUGUUGAGUCUGUGUCUGCUGCAGUCGGCAAAUUCAAGAAUGCCAAUAGCCCUAUCGAGGGAAAAUUCAACACGAGCACAUCCCUUGACUUGGCUACCGCCAACAGCCCAAUCAACGUCAUCCUUGGAUUAUUCAACGCAGACGAAGAAGAGUCCACCACUGUUUCUAUGGAGAGCGCCAAUGCACCUAUCUCCGCAGGCAUCAGCCUCUUCUCCACCGCUCCCUCGUCUACGGGAGGUAAGUUUGACGUGAAGGCCUACACUGCACGCGGGAAGAUCGAACUCGGGUUCAUCGACGCGUCUGUCGAUUCUGCGCUUGACCUCACAGCGCAUACGGCGAUGGGCCCGGUGGACGUGACGAUGCAUCCUACUUAUGAGGGCGAGUUUAGGUUAGCUACAAUCAUGGGAAGGGCGGAGGUUACUACGGCUGAUGAAGUGGAGGAUCCGAAAGGAGAAGACAGAAAGAGGUCGGUGAGCUUUGAGAGAGCUGGGGGUAGCAUUGUAGCAGGUAGGGUGUGGUGGGGUGAGGAGGAUAAAGGCAGGGGGACUGUUGAUUUGAAAACGUCCCUUUCGGGCGUCAAGCUGGCUUUGUGAUUUCGUGUUGUACUCUUGUAUGGUUGUUCUCUCUUAUCAUGAUCUCAUAUUUGUAAACAUUUCUUACCAAAUUUACUUGUUCUUUUAUACAUCGAUCACACCGCCAUCUCCCGAUGUUUCUGCUCCUUCCACCACGCCCACUACGAGGCGUCGCAUAUUUUCGGAUGACCAGCGAUCCCUUCUCGAAGGACACUACAACUGAGUCGAUGACAGCCGCAUACCAAA